UCAGCUCAGGGGUGAUGACCCGGGUUGCGGCAGCUGCCUCUGGAGAUCUCUUCGAAAGGCGUCUCUAGGGGCUUUGGGGAAAUGCGGCCUGCCCCGUUUCCAGCACAGCGUGAUUUGCACAGGAGGAACCCUAACCUGAGGGGGCUUCUCGGCAGCGGCGCACUUUGCAGACGCUCCCUGGCGCCGGCGGGCAGGCACAGGCAGCUAGCCGGAGCACGCAUGCGCACUGGCCUUUGCGCCCGCCGUAGCUUGCGCCGGAUUUAAAGGGGCCGCGGCGGCGCUGCUGGGGGGCUGCGGGGGGGAGGGAUGUCUCGCCGCGGGGCGAAGGAGGAGCACCAGCGGCACUACACGGUCAGCGACCCCCGGAGCCACCCCAAGGGCCACACCGAGUACAAAGUGACCGCCAAGUUUGUCUCAAAGGCGGAUCCGGAAGAUGCCAAAGAGAUCGUGGUCUGGAAGCGAUACAGCGACUUCAAGAAGCUGCACGGAGAGCUGGCCUACAUCCACCGGAACCUCUUCCGGCGCCUGGAGGAUUUCCCCUCUUUCCCCAAGGCCCAGGUCUUUGGCCGAUUUGAGCCGGAAGUGAUCGAGGAGCGGAGGAAGGCGGCGGAGGCCAUGCUGCGCUUCACGGCCCACAUUCCGGCCUUGAACAACAGCCCGCAGCUGAAGGAGUUCUUCCGGGGUGGGGAGGGGAGGCGGCCCCCGGAAACCACCGGCCCGGCGCCACCUCUGCCCCCCCCUCUGAUCCCGGUGCCACUGGAAGGAGUCGAGCCUGGGGAGGAUGCUCUGGGCUCCAUGGCCGAGCACACACUCCUGGCCCCCGAGAGGAAGCCGGAGGCAGCAAGGAAGGUGUGUCUGCUGGAGCCCCAAGCGCAGGACGGAGCGCUGAUGGGUCCCCUGGACACUGGAGGCUCCUCCUCUCCGCCCGCCCAGUGUGAUGACGACGAAGCUCUGGACGCCCUCUUCGCUGCCUCCGCCGCUGGGGAGGAGGAGGAGGAGGAGGAGGGAGGAGGCCGCGGAGGGGGGGCAGAGGCGGGUUCUCCCUCUCGCAGCCUCCUGUCGGUCCAGGAGUUGGCGCUCUUCGACCCCUUCACGAAGGAAGGCUCCGGUGCAGGCGGCCUCUCCCACUGGGAAGAACUGGCAGCACCCCCUCCUCCGGGGGGAGCAGAGGCAGUGCAGGCAGGAGGAGCCACUGCCGCCCCCACGGACCCCCCCGGGGCCUACCUGGCUCGGGCCACAGAGCGCAUCCGACAGGCCUUGCAGAGCGAAGCCGCUGAGGACUACCAGGGGGCUCUCUGGGGCUACCGCAGCGGCGUGGACUUGCUGCUGCAGGGGCUGCAAGGGGACCCGGAUGUGCUCCGCAGGGAAGCGGUGAAGAAGAAGACCGCAGAGUACUUGCAGCGGGCAGAGGAGAUCUUCCAGCAACACGUGAGGCACCUGCAGCCAUGAGCGGGGCUUCUGGGCACCCCCCCGCCUGUCUCCUGUGACCCCCCCCAGGUGUGGACUGAGCUCCUGCCUUCCAACGGGACCAACCUGCGACCAGCCAGCCUGCCUUCUCCGUGGCCAGAGGCCUCAUCCUGCCAUGCUCUGGCUGCUCAACUUCACCACCCCCCACUGCACUUUUGUUCUGGGGGGGGAAGCAUUGAAUCUGCACUAUAAAAAGAUGUGUUUGCAAA